UGAGCUCCAGGGAUGGCUGACGUUGCGAACCUGCGGCCGCCGCUGUGUACAGAGCAGUUCGGCUCCGGAGCCCCGCGCGGGUGCAGUGCUGCCGCCGACGGGAGCCUGCGCUGGGACCAGGCUCGGCGCCGGGGCUGGCUCUCCGGGGCCCCAACUGCGAAACCCGGGCAGGACGCGGGUGGAGGCUGGGGGCCCUGGGCAGCGCUGCCCGCUCUUUCGGGCCUCAGAACCGUGCUGCUGCCCCAGGGCUUCCCAGAUAGCGUCAGCCCGGAUUACCUGCCCUACCAGCUGUGGGAUUCCGUGCAGGCCUUUGCUUCCAGCCUCUCCGGCUCCCUAGCCACCCAGGCAGUCUUGCAGGGCUUAGGGGUAGGCGACGCCAAAGCCUCUGUUUCAGCGGCCACAUCCACCUGGCUGGUGAAAGAUUCAACUGGUAUGUUGGGCCGUAUCAUCUUUGCCUGGUGGAAGGGGAGCAAACUGGACUGUAAUGCAAAGCAGUGGAGGCUCUUUGCUGACGUCCUCAAUGACAUAGCCAUGUUCCUAGAGAUUAUGGCUCCCAUGUACCCAGUCUUUUUCACCAUGACUGUCAGUACCAGCAACCUAGCCAAGUGCAUUGUAGGUGUGGCUGGUGGGGCCACUCGAGCUGCACUGACCAUGCAUCAGGCUCGAAGAAACAACAUGGCUGAUGUGUCAGCCAAGGACAGCAGCCAGGAGACAGUGGUGAACCUAGCGGGGCUCCUGGUAAGCCUCCUGAUGCUUCCUUUGGUAUCAGACUGCGCAAGCCUUAGCUUCGGGUGUUUUAUCCUCCUCACUGCCCUCCACAUCUAUGCCAACUACCGUGCAGUCCGAGCCCUCGUCCUGGAGACCUUGAAUGAGAGCCGCCUCCAGCUGGUCCUAAAGCACUUCCUUCAGAAGGGAGAGGUACUUGAGCCUGCCUCAGCCAAUCAGAUGGAGCCACUGUGGACAGGUUUCUGGCCAUCCCUGUCUCUGUCCCUGGGUGUUCCCUUACACCGUUUGGCCUCCAGCGUCUCUGAGCUGAAGCAGCUGGUUGAGGGGCAUCAAGAGCCGUACCUCCUUCGCUGGAAUCAGUCACAGAACCAGGUACAGGUCGCUCUGAGCCAAGUGGCAGGCCCUGAGACUGUCCUAAGGGCUGCCACUCACGGGCUGAUUCUCGGAGCCCUGCAGGAAGAUGGGCCGCUUCCAGGAGAGCUCACAGGGCUGAGGGACCAGGUUCGGGCUGGUCCUAAGAAAGAAAGCUGGGUUAUUGUCAGAGAGACACAUCGAGUGUUGGACACACUGUUUCCAAAAUUCUUGGAAGGACUGCAGGCUGCUGGCUGGAAGACUGGCAAGCACCACCUAGAGGUGGGUGAAUGGAGGGCCACGUGGCUGGUGCCACCAGAAAAGAAGGUCAUAUGAGCAGCCCUGCUGGAGGCCCAGAGCCCAGGACAGAGCCCAGAGCAACAACU